AUGAUGCAGGCCCAAACCGCCCCCCGGUACAACGGCCAUCAGUCAUCGCCGCGCUCCGCACACGCGCAACCGCCCCGGCAUCCUGAUCCCCCGGGGGGGAGCGAUGAUGGCCAAAACAGCGCCGACGACCUCGACAACGACGACGAUCAGCACGAGGAGACCCGCCUCGGCAAGCGCAAGCGGCCCCUCUCCGUGUCGUGCGAGCUGUGCAAACAGCGGAAAGUCAAAUGCGACCGAGGGCAACCGUCGUGUGGGUGGUGCAGCCGCAAUGGCGCACUAUGCGAGUACAAGGAGAGGAAGAAGCCGGGGUUGCGCGCUGGGUACGGCCGCGAGCUGGAGCAGCGCCUCGACAAGCUCGAGGAGAAGCUUCGAGUUCACGCCGAGAUUCUCCAGGCCCUGACCUCCAACAACAGCCCGGCCAGCGGAAACGGCAGUGCUGGCACCGGCCUCACACAUCAUGCCCCUCCCAGCGUCCGAGGCAGCAAUACCAGCAUACCCAGCGACCAAGGAACCCCGCGGGAGGCGAUCCCCCCGAUCUUUGGGCGCCCCGGACACGACACGAUUCGGACCCCGCAGGCUGAGACGGCUCUGUUCCUCCAGAAGCCCUCGACGUCGAUCGAUUUCGGCUUGUCUGCCGGUUCGGUACACGACACCUUCCCUCCUGCCCCUCCCGCCGUCAGCGGCAUCUCGCCGCCCAACCACAUGCAGGCAGCAAUGCCGCCGAGCGCCCCAGCUCCGGAGUACUACAGCGCCGGACAUGCCGCGCAGUUGCAGUCACCUUCGGCCGCCACUCAACACUCGGCGCACAUGGCCCCGGAGCAGGAACUCCCGCCGUAUGACCUGCUGUAUGCGUUGGUGGACCUCUAUUUCAAGCAUGUCAACACCUGGUGUCCUAUCCUGCAUCGAAAGACCACGCUGGACUCGCUCUUUGGGCCGUCCAUGAUCGACGACGAAGACAAGCUCCUGCUGCACGCCAUCGUCGCCACGGCUCUGCGAUACUCGACCGACGCCCGCUUGACCGAGGAGAGUCGGAAACGCUACCACGACGCCUCGAAGCAGCGGGUGCUCCUCUACGGUAUGGAGCACCUGUCGGUCAAGUCGUUGCAGGCGCUGGUGAUCCUCGCAUUGGACCUGUGCGGUAGCAGUAACGGGCCGCCGGGCUGGAACAUCAUGGCGCUCAUCACUCGGGCCGUCGUGCAGCUCGGGUUAGCCGUCGAGAGCAACUCCUUCUCGGUGGCGCCCGGUUACACAUCCAUAUACACGCUGCGCGCCAUGAUCCUGCCGGAGCCGAGGGACUUCAUCGAGGAGGAGUCGAGACGGAGGCUGUUCUGGAUGGUGUAUCUGCUGGACCGGUAUGCAACCAUCGCGACAGCAUUCGAGUUUGGUAUAGACGACCGCGAGAUCGACCGAACCCUGCCGUGCCGGGAAGACCUGUGGAUGAAGAACCAAAAAGUGGAAACCCGCUGGUUCCGGGCUGACGAUCCCAAGCCCGGCAACUGCGGCGGCGCUCCGGAACACGAGGUCGACAAGCCCGAGAAUCUCGGCGCCUUCAGCUACUACAUUGAGAUCCUCGGCAUCCUCUCCAAGAUUCACAAGUUUCUCAAGCAGCCCGUCGACAUCAGCGCUCUCUCCGACGUCGAGACCUGGCAGAUGCGCUACAAGGAGCUCUACAACAUGCUCGCGAGCUGGAAGUUCGGCCUGCCCGGCGAGUACGGCAACAUGGCGAAGCUCUUCCAGCCCGCAUCGGCCAAGACGCUCAACUGCGGCUGGGUCAUGCUGCACGCCACGUACCACACGGCCGUCAUCCGCCUGCACUCGUCGGCCGCGUACCCGACCACCCGCUCGCCCAUCUUCACGCCGUCGUACUCGGCGUCGCAGCGCUGCCACACGGCCGUCGAAAACAUCUCGGCCCUGUGCGAGUUCGUCGUCAACAACGGCCUGCUCGUCAAGCUCGGCCCGCCGUUCGCGUUCACGCUGUGGGUCGCCGCGCGCGUCCUCCUCGUGCACGGCAGCACGGUCGAGCGCAAGCUGAGCCCGCAGAUCGGCCUUUUCGUAGAUACCCUCCGCGAGAUGGGGCGCUACUGGCCGGUCGCCGCCCGGUAUUGCAGCCUGCUGACCCGCGUCCUGGACGAGCACCGCGACAGCGAGCGCCAGGGCGGCGGGGAGGUCCCCGGGAGCGUCAAGAUCCUGGCGGACAUGCGCCGGACCGCCUUCGAUCUGGAUUUUUUGAUCAGCCGCCAGCCGAGGCACGUGCCGCCGACGGCCAACGGUGGCGGAAAUGGCCACGGGGGCGGGAAUGGCGGGUGGCAGAGCCGGUUCCCGAGCGCCACGCCCUUGUCGAGGACGCCGGCGCCGAACGAGCUCGAGUAUCUGGACGUCUUUGAUUUCUUCAACGUGCCCCGGCUGCCGGUCGAGCCGGGCACGGGCGCGGGCGCGGGCGGGGAUGGGACAGGGAAUGGGAUGGAGGCCGGCGGCAGCGCCGUGCCCGGCGUGCCGGGCGAGUUCAAUAUCACGGAUUUUAUGGUGGAUGCGAAUAGGGAUUGGUUGUUUCAGCAGGGAGACUCCAAGUUUCUGAGUUGA